CUCAGUGUGCUCAGGGCAUCCCAACCCCGAUGGCUUCAGAUCAGCUUCUCUGGGGCUUUGCUGCAGCACCCUGCUUCCUCCGAGCAUUGCCUGCGGGGGCACCCCCAUUGCACCACUCGCAUCCCCCUUCCUGAGCCGUGGCUGUCGUCUCCCCCAUCCCUUUGACAAACACCUCGUCAGCACUUGGGCAUAUUUUCUCUGUUCAGAGAUGCUUUUUGCUCAGCAAAUUGGGCAGGGCUUUUAUUUUCAGAGCGACUUCAGGCCGAAGGUCCCAUUUCUCGCAGCAGCACUUGCUGCCUGGCGGCUGUGUCCCUCUGGGGACCCCACAGCUCCCGGCACACAGCUCCUCUCCUGCCGAGCCGAUAAGACUUUGCUUUCCCCUAGUGGGAAACAACCUGACUCUGCAUAUUUGAGCCUGUCGCGGGGGUUUUAUGUUGGGCAAGUACUUUUUUUGGGAACAUUUAGUCUCUGGGCUGCCGGUAAAUAAUCCCCGGCCGCUGGAAGGGAGAGGCUGCCCAGCUCCGUGCCGGCUGAGCAGAAGGGCUGGUGCUGUGCCUUUCUCGGUGGAUGUGAAGCCGGAGAUCCCAGUGGAUCACCGCUUGCCGGUGCUGUUGAUGGCAACGAUGACGAUGCAGCUGGGUGGGCUGAUGCUGGCCGUGCUGGGCUGGCUGGGCUCCAUCCUCACCUGCGCGCUGCCCAUGUGGAAGGUGACAGCCUUCAUUGGCUCCAACAUUGUGGUGGCCCAGGUCUUCUGGGAAGGGCUGUGGAUGAACUGUGUGUACGAGAGCACAGGGCAGAUGCAGUGCAAGGUCUACGACUCCCUGCUGGAGCUCACCUCCGACCUGCAAGCAGCUCGUGCCUUGGUGGUCACCUCCAUCUUCGUGGCCUUCUUCGCCUUCCUCACCGCCAUCUCAGGUGCAGACUGCACCCGUUGCGUGGAUGACAAAAGCACAAAGACCAGGAUCUCCAUAGUGGCAGGUGCCAUUUUCGUCCUGGCCAGCAUCAUGCUGCUCAUCCCCGUCUCCUGGUCUGCUAACAGCAUUGUCAGCAACUUCUACAACCCCAUGGUGCCCGAGGCCCUCAAGAGAGAGUUGGGGGCUGCCCUCUACAUCGGCUGGGCCUCUAGUGCCCUCCAGCUCUUUGGCGGGGGCAUCCUGUGCUGCUCCGGACCCCUGUCCCAGCAGGACCCCUACCCCAAGAAGUACAGAGCGGUGAAAACCUGCAGUCCGAUGGGCUACCCCAUGAAAGACUAUGUGUGAGCCACUGCGCCCGGGUGCCAGCCCAACAGAGAGCACCACCGUCCCCAUCCUGCCUCCAUGUGCCACCACCCCCCUCCCUGCCCACAUGCUGCCUCCUCCUGCCCAUCCCCAUGCUGGCCGCACCGCCAGCACAGUCCUCCCACGUGUGCCCUUCCCCGGUGUGCAGGGGCUGUGCUCACGAUGGACUAUAAACAUCUCAGUGCCACCAAGACUGCCUGGGCUCAUUUUG